AUCACCGUUUAUAUGUAAACAAUGGUGAUCAUUCUUUGAAUUGACUACAUCUAUCUGCCUUGGAGGAUGGCCAGCUCUUUACAGUUUAGGGAGUGUGCUCCCCCCAUGGAGAACCUGUUGGCGAAUGGCGUUCCAAGUAUUGCUGCCAUGGAGACAUAUAUUGCAGAUCUGGAUAUUGAUCUUGAGGAAAAUGCUAAGGAGCUGGAUGCGUGCCUGCAGGAGAUGUUGCAGCUGACCAACACAAUAGUGGGCAAAGAGUAUGUGACCCCCCGGGACGCCCUGCUCAGUAUGCUCAGCCUGCGCACCUUGGAGAACGACUCCUGCUAUGACCCGGAAACAGACGCCAUUACAGAUAUACUCAACCAUGCUUGGAAGAUGCUGGACGCGGUGCCUGGCAGUGAGGAGGCAGUGUUUCAGGACCUGCUAUCCCUCUCCUCACAGCAGGGCCUCUCCCUGCCCCUUAGGGCUGCAGUGGUGGACCCCAUCGCCUCCACCAUGUCCCUCAACACAGUGUCUGACAGCAGUGAGAUACAUAUUGCUCAGCAGUGGGACCAGAUCGCCUUCAGACUCAGGCGUUUCUUCAUUGAUCGUUUGUCACUGCUGCCAGUGGGCCCCAUGGAGCCAGCUGUUAACAUCUAUGAGAGACGCAGGCUCAAAUAUGUGCAGGCCUUGAUCACCCUGCAGCCCAUAGAGGAGGUCUGGGAAAAGUACCAUGCAGUGAGAGUUCAGCAGCUAGAGAAAUGCCUCAGCCGCCUGAUACCAGAGUCUGAGGCUGUCCCAGCAGACAUUCUUCAAGUGUCCAGUAACUGCUCAGAGAUAGCGCAGAUCAUUGCACGUAUGAUGAGCGAGGACUUCGUGACCCUCACCAGCGGGGUCGUCAAGAAAGCGUCCAAAAUAUUCCAGGCAUUUCAGAAGUCAUAUCUUGAGAAGUACUCGGAUGAAAUGUCAGCACUUGUCGACGAGGUGGUGGAUGAGUUGCAGGAUUCGUCUGGGAAGGGUCCGGUAAAGGGACUGACUAAAGAGGGUUCUUUAAGAAAGUCGAAGAGCAAACAGGACAUGAAUGGGAAAUUGAAGUCCGCACAGAGUGUUGAAAGCGUGGACAACAUGGUUGAUAGGUUGUCAACAGGGAAUGUGCAAAAGCUCAUACCAGUCAAGUACAUAAAGGUCAUUCUGAAUAUUGUGACCACGUUACAGCAGAUUGAGGAUCAUCUUGAUGGCCUUCAGAGAGCCACCGUCUGGGACUUUGGGGGAAUAUCAACCAAGAAAUCACACAGGAAAGGCAGCUUGAAGGGUGUGUUAAAGCCCAGUUCUAGCCCAGAGCUGAUGCGGCGCCCAGCCAGUGCCACAUUGAGCAUAGACUCUGACACAUGGACGCCUGACAGCCUGCUGGCCUCCUGUGUAUCCACGUCCUCUGUCACUUUUGAACAGCCGCCUGGGCCCAGAGUGCAAGUGGUUGAAAAGAUGAAGGCUGAGGAGAAAAUACACUGGCAUUGGAGGAUUAUCUUCAAGAAGGUGGCACCCGACCUUGCUGCCUCAAUAACCCACCAGAUUCAGAGCACCUGUCAGGCAGGAAUGGAGGCAGAACAGAACAUGUGGAGCACGCAGCAAACCUUGGAAGUGGUUGAUGUUCCUGAGUCACUCAUUGGUGGUCGCCUUGACUACCCUAGGUGCAUUUCAAAGUGCACCUGGGAGAUCAUGAGUGUGGUGGAGAGUUACCUGAUCUUGGGUCGGGCAGGGGUCGAAGGUUACCUUCACCCAGUACGCACUGCCUUUGUGGAGGCCACUAACGUUGGACUCAAGAACAUGCAUGCUGACAUUCUCAAGAUGUCCAGUGAUGUUCCACUGCAGUCACCUAUGAAGAACCUGUAUGUCCUGUUGUCCAGUGCUGCCUUCAUACGCAACCAUCUGCUGCACUUUGAUACCAUCCUGGCACCAGAAGAAAGCAAGAAGCCCUUCAGUGUGCUGUACAAGCAGUUUGUGGAGCUGGUAGAGACGCUAACAGAGCAGGUGAUCCAGCGCCAUGGCAACUACAUAGCAAGCAGCGUUCUGCACGACACUGACAGCCAUAACUGGACUGAGAACAAGGAAUUCUAUGAGGGAGAGCGGUGCUCAUUCACGGUGCAGAUGUGGAACUACUACCUGCAGGGUGUUCAUCAUGACAUGUGGACCAUCUGCCCCCCCAAACUGGCCCAGUCCAGCCUGGCCGUGAUCCUUCAUGACUCCCUGCAGCUCCUCACUCAAAGAUAUACCCACUGCAAGCCAUCCUUCCGUAGGGUUGGACAGUUCAGGUGUGACAUCAUGACAAUACUGCUAUGUGCCAGUGAGAUGCUGUAUUGGUGUAGUGGGUCAAUCUCGAGGGUGAUAGAUCCCGGUCACACCCAGGGGCCCCACUACUCCAUACAUAACCUCUGCACUGCCCUGCUGUCAGCCAUGGCAGUGAUUGCUGCACCACUAGAUGUCCUCUACAAAGUGAACAAGAAGGGAUACCGAUACAGACAGAAGAGGAAGAGUAUCAGCCAGGCUGAUAGGGGCUUUAACAGUUACUGGUUGUCAUGGGUACAGCCUUCCAUGAUGGACAAACAUGUCAAAUGUUACAAUGACAUGAGGACAACAGUUGCUGUUUAUCUGAAUACAAAGCUGUUGCUACGCCAACCAGAGUUGAACUUUCCUCUGACCAUUCAGGCCUACUUCAUGAAGGAUUACACACUCUCCAUUCUGUUUAUAACUCAAACCAUUUCUGAAAAUGGGAGCCAGACAGAGACACAGGUGUCUGGGAACCAAUCUGCAGACCUGACGAACAGCCCAGAGAAGGUGUUUAUGAUGUCCUUGUUCCGAGUGCUGACCACUGCCUCAGGCUUCACUGACGGCCUCUGUAAGGUGGUUGUUCCACUACUGGAGAGAAGCCAUGGCUGGGUCUGUUUGGAUGCCAGACAUGUUCCAGGUCGAGAUGUCCCAAUUCCUCUGUGGAUGGAAUGCGUGAUGGAGUGCAUGAAGCCUUUUGUGCACAGGGUAUUGAAGCCGCUACUGGACUUUGUUCUGACCCAAGCGGACAGCAAGCAGAUCACGCCCAUCUCCACGGUAACUGAGGAGCUGCCAUGCGGCUGCCGCUCACAUGCCACGACAACGCCAAGGUCAGCACGCAAGGCUGAGGGUAGCAAGGACACUGUGGAGGUGGUGUUAAAGAUGACCUUGACCCAGAUUACAGAGGACAUGUUUGUGUUGCCUAGCAGCGUACUGGUGUUGUUCCGCAUCCUGGAGCAGCAGUGUGCCAGCAAGGGACUCAAGACUCCCCACCACUGCGUCGGCAUUAAGCUGAUAGCGCUGUCCUUGCGAGAGUACCUGCUGAAUGCCAGUCAGAUGUCACAGGAUCUCCAGUGCUCCCUCAACCAGCCUAUACGAGACGAGUUCAAAUUGCUAGCAGACUGUGUCUACCAUGUUCUUGUGUCUGGGAAAGUGAAGGGUAGCUCCACCCCCAGAUCUGCAGGCAGGUUCUGCAAGGACAACAAGGACUGGAUCAAUGAGAAGAUCCAGAUACUGGUCACUUACCUCUCCAGCGAAAUCUUUGACGAGAGCAGCAAUCUGUUGCUCCAGGAUGCCAGCACAGAGUUCCAGGACCAGCUGUACAUGUCCCUCACCAGUGACCUCCUGGCUACCACACAUGGCCUGGAAGACUUGAAGCGCCUUUACUGGUUGCUUAGCAACAAUGAAGAGUGGCUGCACAAACAGUUGGACAUCAAGCAUGGCCUGAUGCUUGCACAACCUUUCACAGAGAGACUAAAGUUCACUUUGGAUAUGACUCCACGACCUAUAACCUCUGAUUUCAAUCCUAUUACUGCUCAUCAACGGAUUGGUCCAUAUAAGUUUGACCAUGCAGCCAUAGAGUGCCUGCCAGUGGACUGGGAGAGGCUGCUGCAGUCUGAUCUGGGCCUGAGUGAGCUGGGUUUCCGCACGCUACUCUACAACCGCCAUGAGAUGCAGGACGGGGCCUACCUCGAGGACACUGAAAAGAAACCAGUGGCCGCAUUGAGGGCCGUGUUUGAGAAUGACCCCAGGGAGCUGAGAUAGAAACCAUGGCAACGACUUACAAAUACACACUUUGAUGCUUUUGUAGUUCCUUUGAAAAUCAUAUAAAAUAUAAGACCUUUCUUAAUAUAUUUAAGUUUUAAGGCUUCUAAUGGGAAGAAAACAGCAAUAAAACCUGAACAGCCUGAGAGUAACUUGCAGACUGUUCUGGUUUUAUGCUUUAUUGAGUGAAAAAGAGUUGAUAAGGGUUUUAGAACUACCCCAUUGAGCUGCAAUAGCUGUUAUCUUUAAAAAAAACAUAUGGGUUGUAUAUGAUAUUCAGCAUAAUCUGGCUUGGGGGGAUGCUUAAAAUUUUAAAAAUUACUUGAAAAAAACUUAACACUUUUGUGUAGUGAAAAUUAUAGUUGGAAAGCAUCUUCCUGGAGAAUUCAAACAAUAAACUAAUAAAGGGUUUAGUGUUUUCACUUUUAUUUGAAUAAUCAAUGAUGGAAGUUUAAAUAAAUUUAGUUUGAUGAUUUUGUUUCAGUAGUUUCUCAAAAUGUAAAUAAGUUGAUGUAACUGAAACAACAGCUUGAUUCAAACUUGUAUGGAAGAAAAAUACUCACCUAAUUUGGUAAAGCUCAUACGCUUGUAUUCUUGUUAUGAACUACUUAAUUGGUAGAUAGAAAGGAUUAUCUGUUAGUCUUAUUUGCACAAGGAAGCACUUAUUGGAGUAAAAAAAAAUUUUUUCAUUGUUUAAUUUAUACAGACUUUUUUAUGUAUAUGUGGAAGAUGUAUUCCUUGAGUUUGUUUUCACAUUUUCCCCAAACUUUUGCUGAUAUUUAUUUAAUUUGAAUUGCUUUUGACAAUUUUUUGUUGAUUACAAAUUGUUAUUUUAUCCCAUUCACAGUGACGCGUCUCUAUACACUUCUAUUUGUAUUCCUAUUUAUUGUCCCCUACUGGUGAAACCGGAGGGGACUUAUGGUUUGCGCUCUGUGCCUAAGUCUGUGAGUCUGUCAGUCUGUCACACUUUUCUGGAUCCUGCGAUAACUUUAAAAGUUCUUAUAUUUUUUUUUUCAUGAAACAUGGACAGGUGGCAAUAUGGAGAUUAUGCACGUCAUUUCAUUUUGUUCCUACGUCAAGAAUUCUGGUUGCUAUGGCAACAAAUAGACUAGAAAUAUUGUUGAAAAUGGUGGAUCCUGCGAUUACUUUAAAAGUUCUUGAUAUUUUUGAUGAAACUUGGAACAUGUAUAGAUGGCAAUAUGGAGAUUAUGCACGUUAUUUCAUUUUGUUCCUACGUCGAGAAUUCUGGUUGCUAUGGCAACAAAUAGACUAGAAAUGUUGCUGUUAAUGGUGGAGUUUUCAAGGUAGGGGACUUAUAUUGCUUGGCAAUAGUCUUGUUAAUUAUGUGUGCUAAAAUGCCUUUAUAAUUUUUAAAUGAUCCUGUUUAAAACUGGCUUUGACCAGGGAUCAUUGCUCAAAUAAAUCAUGCAUUUGUAUUUUUAUCCUGAAUAAUCUUAUUUAUCAAUACAUGAAAACUGCUGUAAUGUGGUAUUAGUUAAGGUCUUUAUAAAUAUUGAGUGCUUGUUGUUUUUAGGAUUUAAUAAUAUAUUAUGAAACCUAUUGUGAAUUAAGAUUUGAAUUUAAUCUUGUUUGGAUUUAGUUUUCAAUCUUUGUUGUAUAUUGUGUGUGUUGUUCAAUUUUGGCAAAAAUGUUUUACCAUUUUAAUUUGAUCUCUUUUACUCAUAUUGUAUUUUGACUUAAUCUCUGUCGAUGUGUAGUUCUUGAUUUCUGUUUUUUUUAUUUAACUAAUCCGUCCACUUGUUUACAUUUAAUGUAAUCUGUAUAUCCGGCAUGGCAUUAUAGUGGAUAAUUAAGGACAUGCCAUUGGUGGUCACGAUGUGAGCACCACCAUGUCUGUUGAUCAAUCCAUGUUGUAAUUAUGUUAUUUAGGGUCAUUGGCAAUCAAUAGCAAAUUUACCAUUUAAAUGUAUGACUAGCUCACUCCCAAUGCUCGUAAUGCUUCUUUUAGUUGCAAUAUGUUUAUGGAAGACUUAUUUUUGACGGUGAAUUUGCCAGGACUGUUGAAUUUUUGCUACUAAUGAUUACAUUUUUCAUAUAAAUCCUACAGAAAGUAGUAUUUAAGAAUAUUUGUUUAAAUUGUACUGAAAUUUAUAGUUAACAAGGGCUUGAAGGGAACGGAAAUUAUAGCAAAACAAGAGAUGGUUAUUGAACUUUUGUAUGUACAAAUAUAACACUUAACAAGUAAAGUAAGCCUUUCCGUUAUUCCAUUAUUAACAUUUCCAGUCCGUCUUAUAUAAAUAUACAUAUGCACAGACAGUUUUUCAUUUAUUUAUUGUGUGUUAAGGUGAAGUUUGAUACUCAAUCCACUGCCAGUUUCCACCUGCUCAACACAGUACUCUAGAACGAUCCAAAUAGUUCAACCCUGUUUUGCCAAUUGUGUGGCCAUGCCUGUGAUAUGAUGUUGAAUGUGAUCAUAUUUGAAUAUUGUGAAUGUUUGUUUUGGUUUUGUUGUUAACUUAGCUUAUUGUUUCAAUUAUACACUCUUACGCAAUGCUGUUUGAGGUACAGACUCAAAGGUUUAUUUGAAAAGGCUCUGCCAAACACAGUGCCAGCUAUGCAUAUUAUUUUACUUUUUUAAGUAUUUCUUUUGUUUUUCAAUGGCUUCAGAUUUAAAAAAAACUUCAAUCAAUAAACCAACAUGUAUGUGUGCUAUAUUUUGCAGUAAUAUAUAUUGUUGUACAUUUUGUAUUUGUAGUUUUGUUAUUUUCUCACGAAUUAUUGCUUUGUCAUAGUGACAGUUGGACUGUUUGGAAAACCUUCAAUUGUUUAUGUUACCAGCUUCUUUAUUUAUUUAUCUAUUUAUUAUUUGUCUGUUAGAGUAGUGUUAUUCGGCAAUGAAGACUUGUAUCUGUUAAACCAAUUGCACCUUAAAAGAAUAAAAUUUGAAAGAAACA